GGAAGCAGGGUCGGGUUUCCCCUGGGUGCCCUUGGUGUGCUGACUCCGCUGCUCUCUGCCGGGAACGGGAGCUCCUCGGGGAGUCCGGAUCGCUUUGCAGGGAGAGCAGGAAAGGUUCGCUCCUACCUGGAGUAGAAGUGCCCAGCGGGAUGUGCUCAGCGAGCUGCUGGAGUCCUUUCGUUGUUGCCUUUGAGUUGCCACUUUCAGGAAAUUUUCCAAGGUCAUUAAGUCUCCCAGACGCCGUUCUUCACGUUUAAGGCAGUCCGGGGCAGGCUGUGUCCCUGUGUCAGUGUUCAUCUGGAGCUGAUCACGUCCCGUGUGAACGUGGUCACUGGUUUGAGGUGAGGAUUCAGAAUGGGAGACAAGCCUAUCUGGGAGCAGAUUGGGUCCAGCUUUGUACAACAUUACUACCAGCUUUUUGAUGCAGACAGGACUCAAUUAGGAGCAAUAUAUAUUGAUGCAUCAUGCCUUACGUGGGAAGGACAGCAGUUCCAGGGCAAAGCAGCUAUUGUUGAAAAACUCUCUAGCCUCCCUUUCCAAAAAAUACAGCACAGCAUCACAGCACAAGACCACCAGCCUACACCUGACAGCUGUAUACUCAGUAUGGUAGUGGGACAGCUAAAGGCUGAUGAAGACCCCAUCAUGGGAUUCCACCAGAUAUUUCUAUUAAAGAACAUCAACGAUGCCUGGGUUUGCACCAAUGACAUGUUCAGGCUAGCACUGCACAACUUUGGCUGAGCUGGUGACCCCCAGGCACCCGUGAUUUUUUUGGGGUUUUUUUUUUUGGUUUUUUUUGGUUUUUUUUCUCCUCUUCCUGGUAUUAUUCACACGCACGGAACAUUCCAAAUAUCAUACACAAAGCUGCAGCACUGCAGAGCCUGAGUGAGCAAGAGCUGUGACCUGCCCUUCUGCUGAGUUUACAUUGCCACUAGAUGAGUUUCUUGUGCAUGAUGUUUGGAACUUAGACUUAGCUGCAUUUGAUAAGAGAAAUUCGUGUUGUACCAGCAUGCCUUGGGAAGAAUUCCUAAUCCAAAAGGGUUGCUGUUUAUAUACUGACAAGAUGCUCUAUAACCCAAAGAAACGAAACAGCAGCAGCCUGUGCAGCCCAGAUAUUGAUCUGUUCAGAUGUUUCAAUGCUACAUUACACAAUAAAAUCAUAAGAUUUUCUUAACAGUUUAAA